UCUACCCCAUGACGUCAGUGACGUCACGCGACGUGGGGUUGCGUCCCAUCGCUAGGUGCGUGCGUGCGUCGAGGUGACGGAGCGGGCCGGACGCGUCCCUUUGUUGGCUCAGCGGCGCCUGUGAGGAGAAGCAGCAGCAGCGGCGGGUGUUUGUGAUCGGUCCGCCAAAGGGAGGCGGCCAGGCCAGAGCCUUCGAGCCCCCCCCCGGUGGGGCCGGCCCCGCUCCGCUCCCGCCGCCUCUCUCCCGUUCCUGCCGCCAUGGACUCUGACGAAGGCUACAACUACGAGUUCGACGAGGACGAGGAGUGCAGCGAGGACAGCGGCGCCGAGGAGGACGAGGACGAGCCCGACGAUGAAGACGACGACGAGCCCGACGACGACAACCUGGACCUGGGCGAGGUGGAGCUGGUGGAGCCCGGGCUGGGCGUGGGCGGCGAGCGCGACGGGCUGCUGUGCGGCGAGACGGGAGGCCUGGGGCCCGGCGGAGGAGGCGGAGGAGGCCUGGGCGGCAGCGGCCUAGGCGGGCCGGGCCCCGGCGGCGGGCUGGGCCACGAGCAGGAAGAGGAUUACCGCUACGAGGUCUUGACGGCCGAGCAGAUCCUGCAGCACAUGGUGGAGUGCAUCCGAGAGGUCAACGAGGUCAUCCAGAAUCCAGCAACUAUCACCAGGAUACUCCUUAGUCAUUUCAACUGGGAUAAAGAAAAGCUGAUGGAGAGGUACUUUGAUGGCAACCUGGAGAAGUUGUUUGCAGAAUGUCAUGUAAUUAAUCCUAGUAAAAAGUCUCGAACACGUCAGAUGAACACGAGGUCAUCUGCACAGGACAUGCCUUGCCAGAUCUGCUAUCUGAACUAUCCUAACUCUUACUUCACUGGCUUGGAGUGUGGACAUAAAUUUUGUAUGCAGUGCUGGAGUGAAUAUUUAACUACCAAAAUAAUGGAGGAAGGCAUGGGACAGACAAUUUCAUGCCCUGCUCACGGCUGUGAUAUCUUGGUUGAUGACAAUACAGUUAUGCGCCUGAUCACAGAUUCAAAGGUUAAAUUAAAGUACCAGCAUUUAAUAACUAAUAGUUUUGUAGAGUGCAAUCGGCUGUUAAAAUGGUGUCCUGCUCCAGAUUGCCACCAUGUUGUUAAAGUACAGUAUCCUGAUGCUAAGCCUGUUCGCUGUAAAUGUGGCCGUCAGUUUUGCUUUAACUGUGGUGAAAACUGGCAUGAUCCUGUUAAGUGCAAGUGGUUAAAGAAGUGGAUUAAGAAGUGUGAUGAUGACAGUGAAACUUCUAACUGGAUUGCAGCAAACACAAAGGAAUGCCCCAAAUGCCAUGUGACUAUAGAAAAAGAUGGAGGCUGCAAUCACAUGGUCUGUCGGAACCAGAAUUGUAAAGCAGAGUUUUGCUGGGUGUGUCUUGGCCCUUGGGAACCGCAUGGGUCUGCCUGGUACAACUGUAAUCGCUAUAAUGAGGAUGAUGCAAAGGCAGCAAGAGAUGCCCAAGAGGAAUUAACACAGCGAUCCAGAGCAGCCCUGCAGAGGUACCUCUUCUACUGCAACCGUUACAUGAACCAUAUGCAGAGCCUGCGCUUUGAGCACAAACUCUAUGCCCAAGUCAAGCAGAAGAUGGAGGAGAUGCAGCAGCACAACAUGUCGUGGAUUGAGGUCCAGUUCCUGAAGAAAGCAGUUGAUGUCCUCUGCCAGUGUCGUGCCACACUCAUGUACACAUACGUCUUUGCCUUCUACCUCAAAAAGAAUAAUCAGUCCAUUAUCUUUGAGAAUAAUCAAGCAGAUUUGGAAAAUGCUACCGAGGUCCUUUCUGGGUAUCUGGAACGAGAUAUAUCUCAAGAUUCACUGCAAGACAUAAAGCAGAAAGUGCAAGAUAAGUACAGAUACUGUGAGAGUCGACGAAGGGUUUUGUUGCAGCACGUGCAUGAAGGCUACGAGAAGGACCUGUGGGAAUAUAUUGAGGACUGAGACUGGCCUGCAUAAAACGAACUCUGAAACCCUUUUACCAUCUAGAGUGCUCAUGCAAUUAAAGCAAAACACACACAAAAAGGGGCACUACGCCUAUUACACCGCUGGUCUGUAGUACCGGAAUUCUGUUUUUGUUAAUGGAAAAAAUUUAAGUAAAUUAUAUUGUAAUAAAAAAGGUAGAUAAACCAUUGUACAACAGUAUUCUAGGUGGCCAGUAAGUGUGACAGACGCACUAAGAAAAACAAAACAACCCUCCAACUUUAACUUGUAACGUAGCUUCAUUUUCCAAGCUGACUUUUUUUCCUCCUUUCUCCUAUGCGUAUUACAGAUGAGAUUUAAAACAGUUUCUUGACACUGCUUUUCAUGUCCAACCAGCCAUUUUGAUGUACUUUGGUAUGGGAUUCCCCCCCUCCCCCCUUCCCUGUUACCCACACAUGCACCAGUUCAUGGGUGAAUGUUGUUUGGCUUAUUGUAAAGAGGAUUUUGGGGGGUGGGGAGGGGUGGGGGGGCACACAGCAAGGAAAAAACUUUGUAUAUGACUUUUAAAAACAAACAAAGAGGACAACACAGUAUUUUUCAAAAUUGUAAAUAGCGCAUAUGCAUGGACAAAGGGCAAGCGUGGCACGUGUUUGCAUAAUGUUUAAUUACAAAAAUAUUUAUUCUUUAAAAAUCUUCAAGAUGAUGUCUAUUUGCUGUGCAUUUUUCUUUCAUUUUGCUUUUUACCCGGGUUUGGGAUGGGGGCAGUGUGUGGUGCUGUAACAACUCUCUCUCUCUCUCUCUCUCUCUCUCUCUCUCUCUCUCUCUCUCUCUUGUUGAGAGAUUUUGAUUUCUUCCUCCUCCUGCAGUUCCUUUGCAACUAUUCCAUGGUUUGGGUGUGUUCAUUGCUGGCAACGGACACCAUCCCAUUUGCACUUCUGGCUUCUGAUGCAAACUGGUUUACCUUGGUGUGUGUUUUCAAUGUUUGGAAAUGAAAGUGUAGUAAUUCCAGCUGCUUUGUCUUUUUGCUCAGAAUAUCCAUCCCUCUUGCCCGUCUAACCCUUUCCGUGCCUGUCUGACAUCCAUUCUGCAUCUGGCUCAUACUCAUUCAUAGGAAGCAUUAGGAAUUUUUCUCUGUGGAUUGAAGUGCUCAAAUGGAACAUUCCUUGUUGCUUUGUCUUGUCAGUUGUACAACACCAAAAACAAAGAUGGAGUUCCUGUGGCUUACAUUUUGGGGCUUGGUUGUUGGAAAAAGUGCCUGAUAACACUCCAUCUGGUUGCAAAGAUCUGUAGUCCCUGAAGUCACUGGGUAUUUUCCCCCCAUGGGAGAGAAGAGCGAGUGAGUUUCAGCUACACAGUCAUUUAUAGUCCCCUUUUUUGUAAUAAAAGCAAUGCUAAAGCACUAGUUGAAAGUAGUUUAUUAAAGUCUGCUCCUACAUAGGAGCUCCUUUUGUGGUAUUUUUCCACCGUGGCAGAGUUUACACUUUCAAGCUGAGAAAGGAGAGAAAAUGUACAUCUGCAAAAGCAGUUUGUGAAGCCAGUUUCUGCUACUUUUUCAAGCAGAGAUUGUCACCCAGAUCCAAAGAUCUGUUCAAGCAGUUCCACAUGCACCCAGUGAUAGUUUGGUUUGUGUUUCCAGAACAGUAGCCUCCUAUGCAACCUGGCAAAGACUUCUGAAAAUGAAGGGAAUUGCAGCAACUUCUUGAGUGUCGGCUGUUUGAAAGAGCAUAAGAUUUCACUAGGUCAGCCAGAGGUCUUGAGUUAAGCUAAUGCUGCCUAGCUUGUGUAUUCAAUGACACAAUAGGAAAUUGAGGUUUGCAUCUGUUCACACUUAACUUUUGUGUGGUAGGACUUACUUACUUGCUUGUAGCUCAUCUGCAAUGUCCAAAAAAGUUGAAUCAAACAGAUACCUUUUGUGGGGAGAGAGGAGUUUUUCUUUUGGUAAGGUUGCAGUAGAAGAAAUGUUGUUACCUUUGGAGAGGCGUGAAUGUUUAUUCAAAGAAUCUCACUCCAUUAGACUGAGUGUGGUGCGCCUGUUGCUUGGAUACCUCUUCUGAAGCUUUCUGCCAUGUCCGUUGCUAUGCCUUUGCACACUGCUGCUCAGACUAAACUUCUAGACCAGAUUAUUUCUUUUCAAUGUUCGUUUAGCGUCUUUGCCUAGAACUGGGUUAAUCAGAACAUGUGGCCAUGCUGUGUGGGUGUGCAAAUUGGAUGAAUGUGUUUAUGUGUUCAUGCCUUCAGCAUUUUCCCCAGAUUUUUCUCAUUUCUAAACACCUUGCUCUUGCCAUUUUCGCCCGUCCAUUUUUUGUUUAAAAAAAAUCCAAAGCUGUAUCUUCUUCUCUUGAAGAUCACUUAAGUUUGGAAAACAUUCUAAAACUCUGUGGGCUUUGGAGUGAGAUCAGUUAAGCAGAAGGUCUUAUAAAGGCUUUACUCAUCAGUCCUAGACAGUUCCUCCUCCUCCAUCUAUCCUUUAAACAGUCCCUUUUCUUAAAAAAGCAAAUACUUGGCAAUGAAGAUGCUACUCUCAAGCUUUGGUUGGUGCAAUAUGCUAAAAUAAUGGUUUGUGUUGACUUUAUCAUGGGCUAAUUGAAUGAGGGCCUCUAGCCACACUCAACAGGAGAGCAGAGCAUGGUCUGUAUUUAGUGCCCACCCUCUUUCUGUUCCACGUAAUUCACUGCAGCUGUUUUUAUCUUUUGUUUGUUUUUUGUAGUGUAUGUAUCAGACAGUCUUAAUUUUCAAAACCAUUUAACCCUGAAAUGUUUUAGUACAACUGCUGUAUUAAAAAUCAGUUAUUGCGUGAGACAAGAGCGGUGCUCUUCUGAGAACCUUUCCAUAUACAGGUGGAUUCUAUUAUCCAGCACUUGGGGGUAAGACAAUCGGACUGGGCUGUGACGGAGUGAAGACUCGUAAUCUUCUGAUUUCCCUCCCCCCCAUCUAGAGAGCACCUCAUGCUGUGGAAAUAACUUCUUAGACUUCAUUGUAACUGCUGGACUGUUCCGUGUUAAGGCUAAACAGAGGGAGAGAAAGCGUUCCUAAUUCUAAUAAACUUUUAUUUUGUUAUUUCAUUA